AUGCCACAAAUGGAGCGGUAUGAGACAAAGGAUUUCCCCAUAAUUUUCUUUAGGAGACUGGAUCGCAAGCAUGCGGAAGAGCAUCCAGACUAUCAAUACACCCCACGCAAGCCAUCUGAGAAGAAACGCCGUGGCGCCGCACGCCCCAAGGCCAAACCUGCCAAGCGAACCCGCACCACUACUGCGCGAAAUACCACUCUUGGAGUCAGCAGCUCGGGCCUAAACAACAACCUCUCAGCGACUGGUGCGGAUGCUGACACACCGAACAACCACAUCAUCAAUUCCAACGAGACAGCUCUGGCUGAGGGCACCUACCGCUUCACCGCCGCUGAGCUCGAUAGUCUCAUUGCUGAAGUGGAGAGCGAAAACCAGCGCGCUAUGAUUUUUGCCUCUGCGAACUUUGGCAUGAACGAGAGACUUGCUGGCGAGGCUUUUGAGCUAUCAGAUUUCCUUGUGGAUAUCUACUGAAGGGACGAGUCGGUCAUAUAGGGCGCUUUCUAACGCGACGUCGAAGAAGAGAGCGAGCGGCUGGGAUGGAGCUGGUCUUCGGACAGGACCAGGCUGCUGGAACCCUUUGGUAUCGCUUGUAGCUUGCUACAAACUGACUAUCCACACAACCGCAGAGAAGGAGACGGGGAGACGCAUUCAAGGCUUGUUUUCAGACCGAUGCACAGCUUGUCUUAUCUCUAUCAUCUCUUGCUAUUCCCAAUCCUAUAAUUCAUUCUUCCCACACAAAACGGAUUGUUCCUUGCGCCAUCACAAGCUUCUGAUCCUUGGAUUAUCUGAGAGCUUAACAUGGUAUGGUUGAUGGACCGGUUACAAAGAAUGUAUCUUCUCUCGUGUUUUUCUCAUCAGCAUGCCUUCCCGCCGGAUCAGAGGGCAUACAUGUAUCAUAAUUCCUG